AUGGCGCCAUUGACUCGAUCGGCCGCUGGGGCCUCUAUGUUUACACCGGCUGCCCAGCCACACAGACAAGAGAUCAUCAGUAUCGACGAUGAUGAACAUGAGCCUGUUGACGGCGAUCAGGAAUUAGGCGACAGGGAAUCAUACUCGGAAGACCAGUCAGAGGAUCAAUCGGAAGACCAAUCGGAAGACCAAUCUGAAGAUGAAGAUGAGGAUGAGGAUAUGGAUGGCGAGACCGCAUCGGAAACCGGGUCCGAUGAAUCGGAUCAAGAGCGCUCCAUCCAAUCUGUCUUCGGAAACUCGGGCAAGCUCCAAGACGCCCCUCUCUUCACUGCCGCAGGCGCCCAGGAAGCGCUGCAUCCCCUUCGCCGGACGGCCGACCGCGUCACUCGUCAGAUUGAAGCUUUCGCCGAUAAGCUGGAUCAGUUCAAGCGCGACAAUUCAACCGAUGAUUUCAGCAGCGCCCAAGCUGCUUACAAGCUUGUGCAGAGCUAUCGCGACCUUGCAAACAAUGCGAUCAAGGAAAUCGAAACACAACAGACCGCUGACCGGACAAAAAAGGGCUUCCGAUCCUCGAGCGGACCGCAAUCUCCAAAAACUUAUGAAGAAGUCCGGCGAUUGCAGCUUGAGGCCGAUACUUGGCGUCUACUGCUCAACCUGAUCAGUAUUGAUGACCCUUCAAGUCGGGCUAGUUACAAGCUAGGGCGCCAGACGGCUUUCCAGAACCUCCACCGCUACUCAACCGAUCGCGAAAUCUGGGAGGAAUUCCUCAAUGCCGACCAAUAUGGUCUUGAAUGCGUCGUUGCCAUGCGAUGGUUGGAGGAGACUUCCAAGACAACAAGCCAGGAAUUCGACACUCUCAUCACGGAAAUGGAGGCCCAGUCCGAAAGAGGGCAGGGGCUUUGGACGACUGGAUGGCUUUACACAAAGGAAGCGAUCAAGGGUCACAAACGUUUGCGCGCCUGGCCUCAACCUAUCGAGCCCAAUGACCCGGGAAUCUCGCGCUCUCUUUUGAGCAACGAUGACCAGAAACCCUUGGUUACGCAACUCGAUCCGGAUGCUAUUUCUCGACAGAAGCACAACUUGGAAAAGCAAGAUCAGUUCUUCGAACGCGCCACCUGGAUCACUUGCUGGAAGAUGUUGAGACAAGGCGAAAGCUGGACCAAGAUUCGCGAAUGGGCAGAGGGCCGUCUGGAGGGAUGGAGGGCCGUCAGUCUGUGCGGCUCCAGCGUCGAUCCCAAAUCCGCAAGUUCUCGAUACCCAUCCGACGAUGGCCACACUCGUUUGAUGAACAGCCGAGCCCACGAUUCAUGGCGUAGCGCUUGUUCUGCGCUCACACGCAAUGCCAGUACCGAUGAAUUCCAGCGAGCAGUCUACGCACUGCUUUCUGGCGAAACUGAUGCUGCAGCCAGUGUCUGCCGCAGCUGGGACGACUUCCUCUACGUGUAUUUCAACCGCGUCGUGCUUACGCGCUAUCAGGGAUUCUGCAAGCAGUUCCAGCGCAAACUCAGUCACUCCCCUAAUACUCCUGUCGCAUUUGUUCCUGAACCCGCUGGCCACGCAGAGCUUCAAAAGUUCCUUGUCUAUCUCAAGGGCAAUGACCGGGUCAGUGGAGAGGCGCGCAAUCCGUUCCGCAACAUCCAAGCCGCAAUUCUUAGUAAAGGCUACGACUCAUUCUUCCCUUCAUUGGCUCAGGCGGUGUCUCAAAUUGGCGCCGAUAAAUACGGCAAGGACUCUGUUAUCCCAGAGGUCGCGCGCGCGCCAGUUGAUGAAUCCUUCCUCAUAGCUGCGGAUGAUGAAGAGGCUGUCAGAAUUGCAGCACAUGUCUACCUUGUGGCCAGUGCCAGGGGUUACGCUCGCGUAGACACCCACUUCGCCGAGACAGCGUCAAUUAUCGUGGCUGGACACAUUGCCAACCUGGAAGAAAGAGGUCUAUAUGACCUCAUUCCUCUUUACGUGUCUCAUCUUCCCACGGCAAUGGGACACAAUGUUUUGGCUAAGAUUCUCAUCGAAAUUAUCGACCCAGAAGAGAAGAUGCAGCAAGUCCGCCUCGCACGGAAACACAAUAUUAACAUGGAGACCGUUCUGGAUGUCCAAUGGUCGUUGGUGAAGCAAAAUAUCCCCAUGGUUGACCACUCCAGAGGAGUUACUGGCUAUUCCAGGGUGCUUCGACGCCCUGAUGGUUCUCGGUCCCUGGUGUCACCCAAGACUGACUUGAUCGGAACAUCUGUCGCUCCGGAAGACGAUAAAUUGAUCCGCAGUCUGGAGUGGCUUCGCUUCAUAGAUGGCCAGUGGGACAAAAUCUGCGAUCUUGGAUCAUGGCUGUAUCGCCAAUUCUUCCUUGCCGACAAGCUUGCCGCUGCUCGCGAACUGGGCUACCGUAUUCGCCUGACUGACAUCUCGAUUGAGAAAUUCGGAUCCGACAUCAUUUCUAUGCCUCCGCAAGAAGACGGACAAAGUGUGCCGCCUACACCAACGAGCCCAACCAAAUCAAAGAGGAACAGUCUCCACAGACGAAGCCUUUCCGGCUCGAAGGAUGUGUCACUAUACGCCGCGUACUCCAAGGCUCAAAGGAUACUAGAUCUAGAGUGUCUGGCUCUCGGGUUUGAUGCUCUAGAACAGUUUGCCCUGGUGCAUGAGCAGAUGUCCAAGACCAAACGCCGACGAGACUCGGGCGCCUUGCAAGACAUGAGCCAAGAACUGACCGACCACAUUGGUUCAAUGGAAGACUGCAUUGCUACAAUUAUUGAUCCCGAUUGGUUACCCAGAUCUGCCUAUGCCGAAGAAGAAGACGACUUCGAACAUAUUCGGACGACCUACAUUCCCGAGUUGAUUCUCGACUACCACAACGCCAUGUACUAUUCCAGCCACACCCUCGAGCGUCAUGACCUGUUGUCUUUAUGCAUGGUUGUGUCGACAUGGGCCGCGAACUGCGAGCACAUCACUCAUGCUUUCGUGAAAUCACGACGAAUGGCCGAAUUGGUCGAUGUGUUGGCCCUGUCCAGCAAGGCCUUGGUCAUCCGGGAGUCCAGCCAGCGCAAGUCUACCAUGGAGCAGAACAACCUGGACAAGGGCCAGGAACUGAAGAUCUGGGAUGUCACCGUCUCAAAAGAAGAGAUGAAGAGACUGGGUAUUUUGUCAUCCUCGGAUCGGGGACAUUAG